AUGAUGAGAAUGAAGACUCAAACUAAUGGGGUUCCACGUAUGAACGGUGGCUCCGCCGCCACCGCCAGCAAUCCGAAUGAAUGGGAGCUGAGGCCCGGCGGAAUGCUGGUUCAAAAACGCACCGACGAGGACCAAAUCCACGCUCCACCUCCCACUAUUCGUGUCCGCGUGAAAUACGGGUCAAAUUACCACGAUAUCUACAUCAGCUCUCAGGCUACAUUUGGGGAGUUGAAGAAGAUGUUAACAGGGCCUACAGGGUUGCAUCACCAAGAUCAGAAGCUAUUUUACAAGGAUAAAGAGAGGGACUCUAAAGUUUUUCUUGACACUGUAGGAGUGAAGGAUAAAUCUAAGAUCGUGUUAGUAGAGGAUCCAAUUAGCCAAGAGAAGAGGUACAUCGAGAUGAAGAAAAAUGCUAAAAUGGAAAGGGCUGCAAAAUCAAUAUCUGAAAUCGGCUUGGAGGUUGAUAAACUUGCUGCACAGGUUUCGGAGCUUGAAUCCAUAAUUUCUAAAGGUAGAAAAGUGGCUGAGAAGGAUGUACUAAAUCUCAUUGAGCUAUUGAUGAAUCAACUGCUUAAACUGGAUGGGAGGAUGUACUAA